AAGGAGUCUGUGGGCUGCUUUAUCUUGUUUCCCAAGUUUACAUUGCGAAGCUAACGCUUUGACCUCAAAUUUCCCUCCCUUUAAAAUCCAUAAAACCAAACUCCUCGAUUUCAUACUUCUACCAAAAUACCAUUAACUAUUCAUAUCAUGAUUUUUUCUAAGCUCAAUCGUUCAUUUGCUCGAUCUUCUCGUUCUGCUAAUGUGUUGCGUGGUGGUGGUGGUGGGAGAUCGGCGAUUUCGAGAGUGGCUGGAGGAGCAGGUGGAGUUGGGCAUGUAGAUAGAUUCGAUGGAGGAUUAGGGUUUGUGAGAGGAUAUUUAGCUUCAAUUGGAGCUCAUAAGGAGUUUGUCUCUAAAUCUACUUUAUCCGAUUUGAAUUACCUUCUUGCUAACCCUAGAAUUCUACGCUUUUUCUCCAGCGAAGCUCCUAAGAAGAAGAAUUAUGAGAACUUCUAUCCCAAGGAAAAGAAGGAAGUCCCGAAAGGGAAUGAGCAGAAAUCUGAAUCCAAAGAUGAUUCAAAUGCCGAUGAUGACUGGAACUUUCAGAAAACAUUCAUUAAGCAAUUCAAUUUACUUACCCCUUUACUAGUGAUUGGGAUACUUCUUUCUUCCUUCUCUUUUGGUCCUACUGAACAGCAACAGAUUAGUUUCCAAGAAUUCAAAAACAAGCUUCUGGAACCAGGUUUGGUUGACCAUAUAGUUGUUUCCAAUAAAUCAGUUGCUAAAGUGUAUGUAAGGAGCUCACCUCAGAAUCAAACUAGCGACGAUGUUGUGCAAGGUCCCAUUAAUGGUGCCCCUGCUAGAGGACAUGGGGGCCAAUAUAAAUACUACUUCAAUAUUGGAAGUGUUGAAUCUUUUGAGGAGAAGUUAGAGGAAGCCCAAGAAGCACUAGGGAUAGAUCCUCAUGACCAUGUUCCUGUUACGUAUGUAUCUGAAAUGGUUUGGUACCAAGAAUUAAUGAGGUUUGCACCAACACUCUUGCUUUUGGGAACCCUUAUGUACAUGGGACGGAGAAUGCAAGGUGGAUUAGGUGUUGGUGGUGGUGGUGGUAAGGGUGGUCGUGGAAUAUUCAACAUAGGGAAGGCCCAUGUAACCAAAGUGGAUAAAAAUGCUAAAAAUAAGGUUUACUUUAAAGAUGUUGCUGGUUGUGAUGAGGCAAAACAAGAAAUCAUGGAGUUUGUGCACUUCCUCAAGAACCCAAAGAAGUACGAGGAAUUGGGAGCUAAAAUUCCUAAAGGUGCCCUUUUGGUAGGUCCUCCAGGGACUGGAAAGACCCUUCUAGCAAAGGCAACUGCAGGAGAAUCUGGCGUGCCUUUCCUGUCCAUUUCUGGUUCAGAUUUCAUGGAGAUGUUUGUUGGCGUUGGACCUUCUAGAGUGAGAAAUUUGUUUCAAGAAGCAAGGCAGUGUGCUCCUAGUAUUAUAUUUAUUGACGAGAUUGAUGCAAUUGGCAGAGCGAGGGGGCGUGGGGGCUUCUCAGGUUCCAAUGAUGAGCGGGAAAGCACCCUUAAUCAGUUGUUGGUAGAAAUGGAUGGCUUUGGAACUACUUCUGGUGUUGUUGUUCUUGCUGGCACUAAUAGGCCAGACAUUUUAGACAAGGCUUUGUUGAGGCCGGGCCGAUUUGAUCGCCAAAUUUCCAUUGAUAAACCUGAUAUUAAAGGCCGUGAACAGAUUUUUAAUAUCUACUUGAAAAAAAUAAAACUCGAUCAUGAGCCAUCAUAUUACUCUCAAAGGCUUGCAGCCCUCACUCCUGGAUUUGCUGGGGCAGAUAUUGCAAAUGUAUGUAAUGAAGCUGCUCUAAUUGCUGCUAGGAAUGAAGGGUCACAGGUCACAAUGGAACAUUUUGAGGCAGCAAUAGAUAGAAUCAUUGGUGGUUUGGAGAAGAAGAACAAGGUAAUUAGCAAGCAGGAACGCCGGACUGUUGCUUAUCAUGAAUCAGGCCAUGCUGUUACUGGAUGGUUCUUGGAACACGCAGAACCCCUUUUGAAAGUGACAAUUGUUCCACGUGGUACUGCUGCACUUGGAUUUGCGCAAUAUGUUCCUAAUGAAAACCUUCUUUUGACCAAGGAGCAGCUUUUUGAUAUGACAUGCAUGACCCUUGGUGGUCGGGCAGCUGAGCAGGUUUUGUUGGGGAAAAUCUCAACAGGAGCUCAAAAUGACCUGGAGAAGGUAACAAAGAUGACCUAUGCCCAAGUAGCAGUGUAUGGCUUCAGUGACAAGGUGGGUCUCCUGUCCUUCCCUCAAAGGGAAGAUACAUUUGAGAUGUCCAAGCCCUACAGCAGCAAGACUGGGGCACUUAUUGAUAGUGAAGUGCGAGAGUGGGUGGGCAAGGCGUAUGAACGGACAGUCCAACUUAUAGAAGAACACAAAGAGCAAGUGGCUGAGAUUGCUGAGUUGUUGCUUGAAAAGGAGGUUCUUCAUCAAGAUGAUCUGGUUCGAGUUUUGGGUGAACGACCAUUCAAAUCAAGUGAAGUUACAAACUAUGACAGAUUUAAGGAAGGCUUUAAAGAGGAAGAGAAGGGUGCAGAAAUUCCCGUUAGCGGUAAUGAGGAGGAUGACAUUUCACCCAUACAGGUUGCCCCUGCAUAACUUUGGAGACAUUUGAGGGUUUGUAUAUUUUUUUUCUUUUUCUUUUUAACUGAUUUUUGUACAAUUUUUAUUUAUGCUCAUAAUGCCAUUGAUGAAAUCUAAGCUUCAUA